UGGUGUCCGAGUUCUACCGGCUGCGAUUACGCGCCCUUGCUUUAGAAAAAAAAAAAAAAACACAGAAGGAAAACUUCAUAGAAAUGGCGGAGGGUGCUACGACUCUCAAGGGCUUGCGAGCCCAAAUGGCUGCAGCUGCACAAGCACAAGCCGAGGAAAGGCGCAGCUUGGCAGGAAACAGCCCAGGACCUACAGCUAACACACCAGCUAAACCUCAGGGGUGUAGGCCAGUCCUUGACGGUGCCACACUUAGAACAGACGACAGACUGCGAGUGGCAAAAGAGAGACGUGAGGAGGCAGAGAGACAACAGGCUUUGCGAGAAUCUCAGAUCAUGGAGCGGGACCGCAAGGCAAAGCUGCAAGUGGAGCGUCAGCUGGAAGAGCGUCAAAGAAGGUUGAGAACAGCGAAGGAAGGAAGAGCAAAAAGAUUGGCUGUGGAGCAGAAGAGGAAGCAGAAACAGGAAGAAGAAAAGGAACACUACGAGGCAGUGAUGAGGCGGACGUUGGAGCGCAGUCAGCAAGUUGACAGACAGAAAAGAUUGUCUUGGGGAGGACUGUCUACAGACUCAGAUGGACGAACAGGAGAUUCUGAUGCCAGUGCCUCAUCUCCAGUAACUAUAGUUAUCUCCUCUCCCUCAACCAGAAAAGCCACCAAGGAUUCAUCAAUGGACAAGCGUUCCACAUCCACCACGAACCUGAAACAGCCGUCUGAGGCUGGAAUCAGCAAACGCCCUAUCCUCCUCCUCUGCUGCCCUCAUCAGUCACCUGACAAACGUGUUAAGCCAAGGAGUUCAUCUUACCGGUUGCCUAGCAAUGGCAAUGCUGCUCAGGCCAGUAAGGAAGAUGGCAAAAAGCUUCAGGUGGAACAGACAGGUGCAAGUGAAGAAGAAAGAAGUUCCUCCCUUACACGAGUAAGUGUGGGCAGAGCACAGACCCCCGCAAAGGCUGAUAAGGACACGGAUGAUCAAGCUCGCAGGCCACCGGCCACUACUGUGGAUGGAGGGGUCCUUAGUCGCCUCCUCACCCCCACCCAGGCCUCACUAGCUAGGAGCAAGAGUGCCGCCGCCCUGUCCGCUGAAGGAACAGAUGCUCCAGAGUGUCACCUGUGUCCUCGCUCAGCCUCUGCCAGCCCAUUGCACCCAGCGCGUGGUCCUGUGCGCAGCCGCAGCAGUGACCGACAGAAGAGCGGCAUGACCACAUCUGUGUCAGCUGAUGGCGCCCUGGACCCUUCGAGAAAGAUAAGAAAGUUAACAUCACCUGCAGGGCAGCGUCCUGCCUCCCCGUCCACUACUCCAGGACGCCACCGUUCGCCGUCUCCCUCCCCCAGUCAAGUUCCGAAGAGGACUCCUUCACCAUCAGCAGCCAAGCAAAGCCCUAAGAUGCGCCCACCCUCACCAGGCGCAAUGAAACAGCGGCCCCCAUCUCCCCAGCCUGCAUCAACCAAGCCCCCACCCAUCCAGAAGCCUCUCGCUCCAGCAGGACCCCCAACCUUGCGAAAGAGGAACUCUAAGUCCAAAGAUCUGUGUCCUGUUCAAGCUGUGGCUCCACAGUCCUCUGAUUCCAGCAAGACCAAAGAGAAAGAUGACUCAAAGGCUACGACAGCUAACUCAGCUGCUGAGGCUGCCAAGAGCCCUGGCAGAAAAACCGCAGGAAUAGAGACGAGAGAGAGGAGAAAGCGACGAAGAGAAGAGAGAGAAGAGAAGCUUAGGCUACAGAAGGAGGAAGAGGAGAGGUUGAGAAAAGAAGAAGAGAAGCGUUUAGCAGAGGAGGCUCGACUGAAACGUCUGGAAGAGGAGAAGAAGCUCGCAGAGGAGAGAAAACUUAGGGAAGAAGAAGAAGCUCGUCUAGCAGAGGAGGAACGGAUUAGACUGGCAGAGGAGGAAGCACAAAGACAGGUUGAGCUCCAGAAGGAACGCGAAGAGGCUGAGGCCAAGGCCCAGGAAGAGGCAGAAAGAGUACGUCAGGAGAGAGACCGCAUUAUGCAACAGAACCAGCAAGAACGUAUGGAGAGGAAGAAGAGAAUUGAAGAAAUAAUGAAGAGAACUAGGAAAGGAGACCAAAAUGACUUAAAGAGAGAUGACGAUAAUGAAAGUACACAGGAGAAUGGAGAUGAGGAAAUGGACCAGAUAAACUGUGAAACUAAAAGUACUGAUGAUGACAAAGAUGAGUGUGAUCUGUCUUCUGGUGAGCCUGCAGUACAGCAAGAAGAGCCCCUGGGCCACAUGAAUGAAAAAUCAGAGACAGACAACAAGGAGCAUAACAAUGGCACAAGCACAGAUGAGACUCAAGCAGAAAGUCCAGUACCUAAGGACCGCCUUGUUGAGGGUUCUGAGUUCCAGAAUGAGGAGGACUCCACCAAGGUGGAGUUGGUCUCCACGGUCAACGGAAAGUCCAACCAGUGGAGCUUUGAGGAACUCAUUGACCUCAAUGUCCACUCCAAGUCUCGACCCCUCAUUGAGACGGAGGACUGUAACCAGGUUUUGAUCAGCUGUGACGGGAGCUCAGAUGGAACCAGGGUAGCCUUCGAAGACAAUGGAACCCCCAUCAGCACCCUGCAUUCCUCCAGUCAACCUAUAGAAGCCCUGUCAGAUAUUUGAUGUCUGCAGCAUCACUGAGCAGCCUCCUACUGUUGCACUCCUGAAGUUCCUGUCCAGCUGAGUUCUUAAACAGUCUCUCAAUUCCAAGCAGCUUUCUCCUCCUUUUCCAGGGGGAGGAGCAUAAGGUGAAGUGGAAAGUCCACCCAAGUGCUAUGUUUGCACCCUACACGAUGAGGAAACAUGUGUAAUAAAAGUAUAUAUUAAUAAAUGUUGUGCUUCAGGGAAAUGCCGCCUAUUCCUUCCACAUGCUUAUCCAGGUCUGUUUCCUCUUCCUCUUGUGUUUUAGUUCUUCUCCAGAUUUUUUUUUCCCUCAAUUUUGUGUCCAAUUUUGGUGAUUUUUUUUUUUUUUUUUUUCUUUUCUAUAAAGAGUUUGUUUUUGUCAGGGGUGCAUUUUUAUAAUUUAUUAAUUCUGGCUUCUUUGUUAUUGUAAUUAUUGUUAUAAAAUGUUUAGUCUUUUUUUUUUUCUUCUCUUAUGAGAAUAUUCCAGGACACAUGCACAAUAGAUUUUGUGAAUUAUUGUUCAUUAAUGGAAGAAAUUGUUGUACAUUGACUUUUUGGUGGGUUUGAGUUGAGAUGGCAUUGUAGGUUUUGCAUCUAAAUUUAUUGACCGUCUACUUUUUGCAGCAACCUGCAACAGGCCUUACAAUGCCACAAUGAAUUCAUGCACCA